AUGAAAUUGCAGUCAAGAGGGGAGCUGAAGAAGCUGAUCGAGAGGAAUGAACAAGAUGGAUGGAAGUUCACCAUCGAGGACACGGAGGACAAGUUGUUAACAGAGCCUCAGUUGGUGAAGUACACAUUUGGUCAGUUCAAGAUCCAUGGCCACGCAGUCACCGUGCUGGACGAGCAUUUUGUUUCCAAGUUCAAGAACUAUUCCGUCGGCACAGGUCCACACUUCAAGAAAGCAAUCCGUCCCCAAAUGCAGACCUCGACUUCGGCCCCGAAACAUGGUUGCAUGUUUGAACAGUCUAUGACGAUUGUGCCGUUGGGAAGGUGGUGGUCCAAACCGUCGGGGCCAGAUAUGGUCUUCAUUAUUCGGAUCGACGGAACAAGGAUGGUCCCUGACUCUGCCCAGCUCAAGUUGCAUCAAAAGUCAUCAAGCUUUUCGGAAAACAACCGCAAAGACGCACUCAGCACAGUUUCGGCACCCAAGAUCGAGGGCCACGCAAAAAAUAUUCGCAAAUACUGUCAGGAGAACGUCUACAUCAGUAUGAUUGCCACCUACCCUACCAAAAGGACUUUGAAUUUGCCGGCACUACCAGAUGCCACUAUUGACAGCAGUGGCAUGCAGCAUGUCGUGAUCCAUGUCGGCGAUGCCAACUUUGGCGACAUCUUCCCCAAGGAACUCGUUGAGUUCAUCGAUAAGCUCAAGAAUGCGGGAGAGCGCUCUGCUGGGGGCGACGACGGCGAUGGUGACGAUCGUACUGAAAAGCAGAGGGGCUGA